GAUAUUUCUUAUUAUUUUUUGUUGUAUUUUUUCUUUUGUUUUUGUAUUUACCAGUUGUUCUUUUCUACGUUCUGAAAAUCUCAUUUGAAGUAGUGAUUUGUGUUUAAAACGUUCAGUGUAUAGUUAAAAAUAUUGUACUAAUUUUUCAAUAUCGUUUUCUUUUGUUAUUUGUUGGAAGGUAACAAACGAAAAUGGGACAAGCUCAAAGUUAUGACUUAAAAGAUCAAAAUCACGAAGAUCAAGAUCCUUGGUGGAGUCCACAAUCUGAAGAAACAAACCAUGCAAUCGAAACUAAAAGUGGAUCGUAUCAAUCUACAGUCGACUUCGGACAACAUACAAAUUCUUCAAAUCAAAACAAUGAAUGUACAAUCAACACUGAAGACAAUUUAGACAAUGACAGUCAACAGUUUAAUGGUUAUUCAAGGACAUUAGAUUCACGUGAAAAAUUGGAAAUAUUUAAGAAACAUUUAGAAGAGAAACGUUUAGAACGGCAAUCAAUUUUAUCUGCGAAAAAACGUGAAUUUGAUCAAUUACGUACUGAUUUAGAGCAACAAAAAAUUCAGAAUAGAAUAUUAAGUGAAAAAUUAAAAGAAUUAGCUAGUGGAAAUUCUGUAACAAUAGAUAAUAAUGAGAUAUCGAAAGUGGUUCUGCUUGAAUCUAAUGUGGAAGAAUUAGCAAAAGAAAACGAAAGAUUAAAAUCUCAAUUACAAACGUUUAUAGAAGAAAAACAAAAUACUGAAGAGAUUUUAAAGAAAAAUAAGGAAUUACAGAUUGAACAAGCCUCUUUACAACAUGAACUACAAUCGUUGAAUAAACAAAUCAGUGAAUCGGAACAACAAAAAGAAGAAUAUAUAAAACAUAUUGCUGCGUUAAAAGACAUUAUAAAAAUAUCAAAACAGAUGAUUUUAAUACGGGAAGGAGAAUUGAAAGAGUUGAAAUUAAAAGUUGCAUUAAUUGAAACCACAUUAGCUGAUCGUGAGGCACAAGUAAUGUCAAAUGAUUUACGUGAAGAAUAUGAAAGGCAGUUACAAAAUAUUCGAAAUUUGCGAACAUUGUAUGAAGAAAGAUCAAGAAUAAGCCGAAUUGAAUUACAAAAUGUAAAAGAUCAAUUAACAGAUACGCAACAGAAAUUAGAAAGCGAAACGACUAAAAGCAGUGAAUUAGAACAAAGAAUAAAUGAAUUAGAAACUGAUGUCUCGCAGAAAUAUGAUAACAUCAGUAGUCUGGAAUCAAAUUUAGGGUUGUCAAAGGCAGAAUGUCGUGGUUUAAAGCAUGAAAUGGCUGUUAUCAAUCAAUUAUUUGCCCAGUUUUUGCUGGGAUUUAAUUCUCCAACACAAGACGUGAAUUUGGACAAACUAGUUCAGUUAUUAGAAGAAAAUCAUGAUCUUUUAACAGAUAUAACCGUGAAAGACGAUUCAGACGAGACUGCCUUACCUCGAUUAUUAUUACAUCUAGUCAAUGAAACAGAUAAAAGCACAGAACAUGUAAAUAAUGAAAAUUUACAACAAGAAGAAAAUUCAGUUCCUGAAGGGACUAAUACUAAAAUUCAAAAUGAAGAAGUUGAUACAGGGCAAGGUAAUAUCACUGGGAAUCAAUUUAACUCACCAGAAGAAAUUGUUACAAAUCUUCCAAAAGUAUGGAGAGUAUUAAUGGAAUUGUUGAGCCAUCAAGUUGCUCAACCUGUUGAGAUAGAUGAAAGUUGUACAACACCAACAACAGACGCUAGUAAUCCAUGUUAUAAAUCAGUAGAAACACCUGGUGGAACUCGUUACGUGUUAAGCGUUAGUAAAACUUAUAUUCGACUUAAGGAUUUAAUAAUGGAAAAGAAAUAUUUACAGAAAGAAAUGUUGAAAAUGAAAACAUUAAAUACGCGUUUAGAAAGUCGACUUCACGAACAAGAAUCUCGAUUACAUAUUGUUACGAAGGAGCUUAGUAAAACUUGGCAUAUUGUUGGUAGAUUGCAACGCCAGCAUGAACAGUUACACACAAAUGAACAGAUUUUAUGUUACGAAUUACGACAGAAACGAAAAAUGCUAAAUGAACUCAAAGAAGAACUAGAACUUUGUAAAGGUAAAUGGAAAAGUGCUCGUGAAAAGAAUAAAGAAUCUGAACAUGAAUGCCGUAAAUUGAGAUCAGAAUUUGCAUCUAGGCGUAGUAUGGCCAUAUUAGAAAGUGGUAAUAAUAGUGCUGAAAGUGGUUACAGUGACGAACAAGAAGAGCUUGAUAGUGAAGAUGAUGAUUUGGAUGAUUCUGAAAUACAAAGUAAAAAAGAACUUGAAGAGCGUUUUUUUAUUACUGACAAUUCUAAACCGUCUGAGAUAAACUGUGAUAAUGCAAAUGCUAUAACAGAAGAUGAAAGUACUGAAGUGUCAUCUAUCUCUGAAGAAAGUAUUUCAGAAAACGUGCCUUGUUCCAAUAUUACUGAUAACAGUAUUUUACCGACAGAUGAAACAAAUGAAAUACCUAAAAUAGUAACAGAAUGUCAAGAAGUAAGCCAAUCCAUAAGCGAGAAUUGCGAUGAAUCAAAUACAGAUUUUGACAAACAAUCAAACUCAAGUGAAAAUUUAAGGCUGAAAGAAGAAAUGCAUGUACAUUUUGAUGAGAACGUUGAAAUAUUUAGUUCCAAUUCUAGUGAAAAGCUUCUUGAAGGGCCAUCUACUUGUAUUGAGAACAGCACACCCCUAAGCAGAGCUAGAGAAUCCAUCAUCAAAUCAGAAAAUGCAGCAAAGCAACGGGAAGAGAGAUUUAAAAGACUAGAAGAACAUUGCCAACAAUUAAAACAAACAUAUACCAAUCAAACUCAAAGAGGAACUGACUUAAGUUUACGAUUAGAUAAUCUUCAUCAACAAUUUAGUGGCGAGUCAAGUUAUAAUACUGCUUCAGGUACUAAUUCAAAUGUAGAAGAAAACACAUUAACCCUUGACGGUGAGGAAUCAACGACUACAUUAUCCAUAAAAGAGGAAGCCACUUUACCAAUUUCUGUUAACCAAGAAAACACUCAACAGGAAGAGCCUACACCUAGUACUUCCACAAGGAAUCCUACAGAUAGGGAAGAACGUUUUAAGCGAUUAGAAGAACAGUGUAGACAAUUAAAACAAAAAUAUUCUAAACAAACUAAAACGGGAACAGAACUAUGUUCAAAAUUAGAUAACAUUCAUCAGCAGUUUUCACCUGGAUCAUCUUCAAACGGUAAUACAAGCGACAAUACAACUGGGAGUAGUAUUAGCAGUAAUAUAACAACAACGAGUAACGAAUCUGAAACAUUGAAAAUAAUUCCCAACAUAAAUACUGCAAUGGAACAAACUGAUGUUGAAUCAUUAAAUAAUCAAACGACUACUACACAAAAUACUACCAACACUAAUAAAAGUAACAACGAUGAAAAUUAAAUGAAACUAAUGUUUAUAAGGUUAUUGUCAUAAGAAGAAUUAUGAUGAAAUGUAUUGCCUCAGGUGCAUUUGAUUAAGCUUUUAUUGAAUGAUGAUUCAUUAAAUGUAAUUUAAUUUAUUAUAACACAUUAAUGUUGAAAUGAAAGUCAUAUAUAUACAAUGGUUAUCAUAAUUUAUUAUACAAUGUUUCAAAUUUAUUAUCAUAAAUUCAUAUUAUACCAACAGAUUUUGUAAAAUCAAUGAGGUAGACAUAUGUAUGUUUUAUACAAACAAUAAUUGUAUGUAUAAAUCUGAACACUAGCAGCCGGGACCGAUUGAUUUAAAUGGUGUGUAUUGGCGCUACGUUCCUUAUCACAAGUAAUCGUUCUGAUUUGUUUGUUAGUUGGAAGGUAAAGCCAAAAACAGUUCAACAAUAAAACGAUACCAAAAACCAACAUGUAGAUUACCUAGGAAACUAAAUUUUUUUCAAUCGAUUCAGCUUGCCAUGAAUUUUGAAAAAAUGCAACAAUAUUAUUA